AUGGCCCAAGUGCUCGCAAAGGGAAAUACUGUGUCCGUUGCUGCCUUGAAAAAGGCCGAUUCGGACAGCAAGGCUACCGAGGAGAAGCUAGGAAAGGUGGAGGCCGCUCUUGAGGCUUCUAGGGAAAAAGUGAAGAAGAAAGUUGAGGAGCUGGUAAAGAAAGAUGAGGAGCUGGACACGGAGAAAAAGAAAUUGGUGGAUCUGAAGGCGGAUUGGAAGCCGACCACUAAGGAAUCCAAGGACAUUUCUAGGUUGAAGACAAGAGCUGAGAUGGUCGACAAGAUUGAGUCCCUCAAGCUUGAUUGCCUUGAGAUGGCGGAGGCGGAUUUCAAGCGGGCGGUCGAACAACUGAAACAUCUGAACCCAGAUCUGAAGAUGGACAACAUCGAAUUGUCGUCCAAAACUGUGGAUGGUUAG